GUUUCCGAGCAUCCCGGUUAUCCCUUCGCAGAGCGGGUCGAUCGUUAACGCGUAGCAGUUCGGCCAUUGUGUAAAAAGAAGCCACGGCGCUCGGAUAGUGUACGCUGAGGACAGGACGUGUAGUUUUCCCAAGUUUUCCUCUUGUGAUAUUUAGAUUGUGCCAAUAUAGUAACGAGGGAACGAAGUCCGAAAAAAAAUGGAAGACGACCAGCAAUUCUGCCUUAGAUGGAAUAAUCACCAGAGUACAUUAAUUCAAAACUUCGACACGCUUCUCGAAAGCGGGACGCUUGUCGACUGCACGCUGGCCGCGGAGGGGAAAUACUUGAAAGCGCAUAAAGUAGUGCUAUCUGCUUGCAGCCCCUACUUCGAGGGAUUGCUGAGUGAGCAUUACGACAAACACCCGGUGUUCAUUCUAAAAGAUGUAAAAUUCAAAGAAUUAAAAGCAAUGAUGGACUAUAUGUACAGAGGGGAAGUAAAUAUUUCCCAAGACCAACUGGCAGCACUUCUUAAAGCCGCUGAAUCAUUGCAAAUUAAGGGUCUAUCAGAAAGUAGAACAAGUGGUAGUAGUAAAACGGACUUUAGGCAACAAAAAGUAGUUCCACAAACAACAUCUCAAAUGGACAUUCCACAAUCGUCUUCCGGUCUCACGAUAGAAAAGAACAAAGUUCCUAGGCAGGGUAUGGCACAAGGUUCCGUAGGGGACCUGCCCGAAGACUCGGCCAGUCCCCAAAUACCUAAGGGUCUCUCCUCGAGGGAAGGUUCUCAAAGUCCCACUUCGAGAAAAAGAAAAAAAUUUAGACGAAAAAGUAUAGGCGAUGAUAAUUCUAUAGAAAACCACGAAGCGUCGAAUUCAAGCGAUAUGCCUCAACAAAUGAGUGUUCCUGCGCUUGGAAUUGCACCUGUAGCAGAUGAAAAAGUACACGCAGACCCUACAGAUUCCAUUGGCAGGUCAGCUUUAAUGACGCAGCUGACGAAACCUGCCGAUGAAAUGCUGCAGUUGCCCUUGGAGAAACCUGAGCCAAAUGAUAAUCUCAUCGAGCCAAAGUCUGAAUAUCUAGAAGAUCAAGAAGAAAGCGUUGAAGAUCUGACGCUGGAUGACGAUAUGAACGAUCUGAACGAGAUGGAACAGGAUAACAAUAGAGCCGGACCGUCCCACGAUCCCUCCCAACAUCCUGCAGGUAUAGGUGCAUGGCACGUUACCGGCGAUCGAAGUAACGCGGGAGGAGUCGUGGGCUCGGUGGCAGGAGCUCCAGGAACGACAGACGAAGUCUUUCUUGCAGCCCAGGAGGCCGCCCAGGCCCACCGCGACUCUCAAGAUCCGAGUAUGUACGGCCAGUUACAUUCGUCGUACAUUCGCCCUGAAAUGAUAGGAGGAGGGAGAUCGAUGCAGGGUGGCGACGCAGGGGGUUAUCAGCAACCGGGAAGAGAUUUCUCCAAGUGUUCGCAGCAGCCGCCGAAGCCGGACGAGUCGUUCCUCUACGUGGAGGCGGCCGGUUGCCGUCAAGAGCCUCCCCCCCCUCCCCCUCCCCCGUUGCCAACCUCCGUUUCUUCGAGGGCCCACUGGCCCGACAGUGUCUCCGUUCAAAAUUCCGUGCCGAGGAAAAAGUUUUAUUGCCCGCGGUGUAACAGUGGUUACACCAGGCUCUCCGACAUGAAAACCCAUUGCCAUUUCCAGUGCGGUAAAGAGCCCCGUUACCAAUGCCCCUAUUGCACCAAGAAGGCGAAAUUCUCCUCGAACAUGUACGUCCACGUGCGACGUAUGCACAAGGACGAGAAGUUGCAGAUCAUCGACUUGUAUAAACAAUUGUCCAGAGUUUCAAACAAUUUGCCACGUCAAGAAUGUUAUUGAGCGCGGGACACCGUGGCAGGCUUUACAGAAGUUUCGUACCGAACAGUACGAGGUAUCCUUGCGCCAAUUGCACGAGCGUGUUCGGCCAGAAACGAAGCCUCCUCACGCACUUGAGAUACGAGUGCGGCCAACCGCCCCGCUUCAAAUGCCCUUACUGUGAUCUGAUCUCGAAGAAGACGUCCAACAUACAGAAGCAUAUACGCCGGAAACACGAGGGGAACGCGGUCUACGUUCAGGAUAUUUAUCUGCUACCAAAUCUCACCGUUUGAACCACGCGCCUACAGUCGUCUCGUUUUUCGUUCACUCGACUCCUUUUUUCUUUCUUUCGUCGAAGUUGAACUCGAAGUUUUUCUUUUUUUUUUUCCUUUUUUCUCUUUGUCUUUUCUCCUCCAUGCCGUAUCGUCGAUUUGUAUUCACUCGCACGUUAUUGUUCUCGUGCGACUUUUUCCCCGAUCGAGGCUUUGCUUUAUCGUUUAACGCUUUGCGCUACAAUGGUGAUUCUCGGGCACCGCUCGGUCGGUAACUCCAGACGUGACUUUAUCCGCCAUUCGGAUCGAUGCGGCAAUUCGAAUGAGACAAUAUUUAUGUUGUGAUUUUUUUAAAAAUAUCACUUCAUGAACAGACUUCUAACUUCUUUGUAAUCUUAUAAAGCGUAGAAUAAUAUACUAUCGAAUGGUUAGAUUUUUUUUUUAUCUCAAAUUAAAUCGCGGAUCUAUAUUUUCGGCAUAUAGAAAUAUUAUUUUCAAAGUUUUUUUAAUUUUGUAAGCAAUUAAGUUCGAGCGAGGAUGAGUUCGAUUUUUCGAAAUUAUUUCUAUUCGUUAAAAAAUAGAGAUGUAAUAUAAGGAGAAUAUAGAAUGAAUGAAAUGUAAGAAUAAUAGACAGUGAAUGUUAUUGGGAUUGUAAGAUUUGCUCUCAAUAAAAUAAGAAAGGAAUCAAACGACAUUUUAUCGCGAUAUUUGCCCUGACACUUAAUGCAAUGGUAAUUAUUAAAAUAUCAAAUCGCAAAACGAUGAUAUAGAUUUUAAUAUUCGAUAAAUUUUCUUUCUUAAAGAUACAUUUUAAUUUGUGCGUGAAAUCAUUUUAAAUUAGCUGAGAAAUUCAUCGAACGGAUGCGAGAAAUCGUCUGGAGUUGUUGGUUCGACGAGAAAGGCUUGGGAAGUGCAAAGGGUUAAUAUAAAUUUCAGAUAUUUUUCGUCUUCGAAUUUUUCAUCAGCAAAAAGGAGAGAAGUAGUUUGGAAUCGGUUAUUCCAGUGCGGGGUGAUUUUCUUGUUAGCUCAGAUUCGAAAUAUAGAUAGAGUAAUCCCAUGACGAUAAUUUAAAUAUUCGAACGCGACUUUGUAUACGAGACUUGUAACGUCAAUCUUCGUUUAUUGAUAUAUAUAUACACGUAUGAAAAAUAAAAUUAUCGUUGUGAUUUUUACUGCCUUUGGCAUAUCAUUGAUGAGGAAAUUACCCUGUAUAUAGAGAGAGAUGUAUGAGAGCGAGAGAGGAAGAGAGAGAGAGAGAGGGAUGCGUUGAUACGAUCGCGAAGGAAGGACAAGAGAUGCUUAGUUUUCAUGGUCAGUACGAUAAUUCCAACGUCGCGUUCUAUGCUCACAAUGUAUCCUCCGUUAACGUGCGUUUCGCCAAUAAAUAGACUGUUUGAUCAA